AUGCCGCACACUGGGCAAGCCGGGGUGAAUCAAUUAGGCGGCGUCUUUGUGAACGGCAGGCCGUUGCCAGACUGCGUGCGCCAGAGAAUCGUGCAGCUCGCCAUGGUCGGCGUCAGACCGUGCGAUAUUUCCCGACAGCUACUUGUGUCCCAUGGCUGCGUCUCCAAGAUACUCACGAGAUUCUACGAGACGGGAAGCAUCCGACCUGGCAGCAUCGGCGGAAGCAAGACGAAGCAAGUAGCUACGCCAACGGUGGUGAAAAAGAUUUUACGGAUGAAGCAAGAGCAGCCGACAAUGUUUGCCUGGGAGAUCCGCGAACAGCUCGCGCGACAAGGAGCUUGUGAUCCCCAGAGCUUACCCUCCGUAUCAUCGGUUAAUCGUAUUCUCAGAGGUGGUGGGCUUCAUACUGAUAUCCCUUCCAUUGAGGGCGGUGCAUCUGGUGGUUAUACGUCGCAAAUUCCGUCGAACGCUGGAGCUAGAGAUGCACUUAUGAGAACGGAUUAUCAACUAUUCUAUCCGGGUGCUCUAGGACCAUUACACAUUUCCACGAACACUGGCAAUACUGGCACGUCGUCGUGGAAUCAAAGCUUUUACUCGUCUCUCUAUCAAGCGACCACCUUACAUUUGCAACAUGGAAUGCAAUCCUUCGCACCUUUAGAUGCCGAACGUUUGUCGGAGCAAAACGGCGCACAGAAUCAACUGGAGCUGAAAUCGAGUUCGAGCUCGACGGCCGGCAGCGAUGAUUCGCUGGAUAAAAGCGAUCUGGAUGAGAACUUGGUCGAAUCGCAAGAUCAUUACAAGUCUUUUCGAAGCACGCCGAUUAUCCUGGAACUCAGCCAGAAAAUCGGCAGCGAUCGAAGCGCAUUCGUCAGGCACGGUACGCCCAAUUCACACACCACGAAUUCGGACAAUCCGCGAGAAAGUCCAAUGUCGAUCAUUGAGACGUCGAAGCGGGAUUCCCCGGCAUCGUACAGGAUUCACGAGGCGAAGAACACGAGUCCAGGCACGACGAUGACGACGAACGAAGGAGUGGCGAUGGAGAAUCAGCCGCCACAGCCGCAAAAGAAGAAGAAUCCUUACUCGAUAGAGGAGUUGCUCAAGAAAGACGAGAGCAAAUCUGCGUCCAGAAGGCCGAGAUUGCCCAACAUCGGCGUAGUCCAACCGUGCGGCAUUAUCGUAAGCAAGGAAAUCUAA